AUGGCUGUACCAAUCUCGACUGUCGCAGAGAGCAAGGAGCUCCGGGGACUGAACCUCAUCGCCGCCCAUUCGCAUAUUAGAGGUCUUGGAGUCGAUCCAGACACUCUUCAACCUCGGACAUCAUCUCAAGGCCUUGUGGGUCAGGAAAAGGCCCGCAAGGCUGCUGCUGUUAUCCUGCAAAUGGUGAGGGAAGGAAGGAUUGCUGGUCGCGCGGUUCUGAUCGCAGGACCUCCUAGCACGGGAAAGACCGCGAUUGCAAUGGGCAUGGCACAGUCUCUCGGGCCAGAUGUACCUUUCACUAUGCUGGCUGCUUCUGAAAUCUUCUCAAUGGAGAUGUCGAAGACAGAAGCCCUCACACAGGCAUUCCGGAAGUCCAUCGGUGUGCGCAUCAAAGAAGAGAGUGAGAUCAUCGAGGGCGAAGUUGUGGAGAUUCAAAUCGACCGAAGCGUCACCGGAGGCAAUAAACAAGGAAAGCUCACAAUCAAGACCACCGACAUGGAAACGAUUUACGAUAUGGGAACCAAGAUGAUUGAUUCGAUGACCAAAGAACGCGUAAUGGCAGGAGACGUGAUCUCCAUCGACAAGUCCUCCGGUAAAAUUACCAAGCUCGGCCGGUCAUAUGCACGCUCGCGAGACUACGACGCCAUGGGUGCCGACACCAAGUUUGUCCAGUGCCCCGAAGGCGAGCUUCAGGUCCGCAAGGAGAUCGUUCACACCGUCAGUCUUCAUGAGAUCGAUGUCAUCAAUUCACGUUCACAAGGAUUCCUGGCCCUCUUCUCCGGCGAUACAGGCGAGAUUCGGAGUGAAGUUAGGGAUCAGAUCAAUACCAAGGUGGCUGAAUGGAAGGAAGAGGGCAAGGCAGAGAUUAUCCCUGGUGUCCUUUUCAUUGACGAGGUUCAUAUGCUCGAUAUUGAGUGUUACUCCUACAUCAACCGUGCCCUUGAGGCCGAGCUGGCCCCUAUUGUCAUCAUGGCCAGCAACCGCGGCCAGUCACGUAUCCGCGGAACCAACUACACCUCUCCACACGGCCUACCUCUUGAUUUCCUUGAUCGGGUUGUGAUUGUCAGCACAUCAAUGUACUCGGGAGACGAGAUUCGUCAGAUUCUCGCCAUCCGAGCGCAGGAAGAGGAAAUAGACCUUUCGCCCGAUGCUCUCGCGCUUCUCACUAAGAUUGGUCAAGAGUCCAACUUGCGUUACGCUAGCAACAUCAUUACCACCUCGCAUCUCUUGAGUCAAAAACGCAAGGCGAAGGAAGUCAGCGUUGAUGAUGUCCAGCGCAGCUUCCGGCUGUUCUACGACCCUGCUCGGAGUGUUAAGUUCAUCAACCAAUAUGAACAGCGCUUCAUCAGUGACGAGGGCAACGUUAGCCUCACGGCUAACAACGGCGAUGCUAUGGAGCUUUCUUAA